AUGGUCUGCUGUGCAGCAGCGGCCAAACACGGCUGCAGCAGCUGCCGCAGCUCUCUCCUGUCAUGGCCAUACUUUUUACUCCUUGGGGUGUUGCUGUUGCUUGUAAAUUCUGUAUGUGGUGUUCCAACACAAACAGCUCCUGAAGACAGAUCUCCUGUGGAGAAUGCCCUAUUUGGCGCACGACAGCAUUUGUUAAGUCACCAGCAACAGCCAGGGCAGCAGGAGGAGCAGCCAAACCAUUACCAGGAGUGGAAGGAGGAUCAUCAUCAGCAGGAGCGGGAUUCUGCAGUCACUACUCUGAAAUUAUUUGGCCCAGAAGGAGUAUCAGCAGGAGUACCUGGCGCAGGAGAAAGCCAGCUAGCGUUGCAUGAAGCAACAGCGGCAUGGGGCGCUGCCUCUGCAUUCCAAGAGGUUAGCAGCAGCGCUGGGCGACGACCGAGAGCAGCAGUACCGCCUGCUGCUUCAAGCUCUUCAGAAGAUCGCAAGCCGCAAUUGCCGCAAGAAAGUGCAACCCAAGCAGCAAAAGGUGAGGCUUUUGCCACAGCCGACCUCAUUGCGGGAGGCUCGGUAUCACAGGAUUCGUACCAGCACCACCUGCAGCAGCAAAAAGGACGACAGCAGCAUCAACGCCCAAGUCUGAGCAGGAAAACUUCAGGGGUGUUCAUUGCAUUCAAACAGCUUGCAGCUGCAGCAGCAGCAGGUGCUGCAGCUGCUACAAGGAAGAGGUCUGCUGGGGUGUUUGGCUCUGGACUGCAGUUGCCAGUGCAGCGGCAGCUACGAGAACGGCAGCAGAGGGAAUCACUGCCACACCACCAGUGGAUAAAUCCCCUGUCAAGAAACCCUCCACGUUUGAACGCCAGCGAGCGUCUCCGAGCGACUCAUGCUGCUGCAGAUGUCGGACCCAUUUUGGCUGCCGCAGCUGCUGCAGCUGACGCACCUUCUACACUUUUUGAAGUUGCAUCAGGCCCCACAAGAGCAGCGUAUCCUAGUGACAGGCAAGUAACAGUGGGGCUGCGGCGCUCGCUAAAGGCGGAACUGUGGCAUCACCACGAGGAAGUUGUCCCGACUGCUGCGUGCAGCUGGGGUUUAUCUGCAGUGUGGCUGAUGCAGGUGUGCUACUCAUUAGACACGUGCAUUGCAGCAGAACCUCAUGGAAGCCAGAGAGGUGCAGCAGCACAGCGUGUAGAGCUGACAUCGAAUGCACCUGCAGAGGUCGUAUGCCACUGUGUUGUCUCGGGCAUGCCUGUCCUGCUGCACGAGGAGCCUCUGCAGCAACGGAUAUCGGAACAGUAUAAGCACCAAGGAGCGGGGCGAAUAAUCCCUGUAUUGCACCAGCAGCAGCAACUGCUUUGCUGUUCGGACGCAAGUUAUCCUCCCCAUAUCGGUGGUGCUCUUCAGCCGCAAUUCCAAUACCAUCUCUUUAGAGCAGCAGCUGCAAAGACCUACCAAGUUUUGGCACAAGAACCAGCAGCAGCACUAGGUAAAGGGUAUUCACCUGACGAGGAGCAGGACGAGCAGAAUCUGCAUCCACCCAGAUAUGAAACCACUUCUCCAGCUGCAAAUGACGAUGCCGGCGAAGCAACACCUCUACAAUUUACCGUUGCUGAAUCUGCAGCUACUAAUACACACUCCUUAUCGCCAGAUCCAAUCGCAAUCUAUGGGACUCAACGAAAGCAACACGACCGACAAGUGCUGCACGAGGAAGCGCUGCAGUAUUCAUGGCCGCGGUUACAGACUGAGGGGGAGCCAGUCCGCCAGCAGAAGCCAGGCGAGAAAUCGGAGGGAGAGCAGCAUGAGCCGGUAGAAGGGAGGCAGCAAAAGCAGCAACAGCAGCCAAUCAGUCGCCAAGUGGAGUCCCAGCAUCACGAACUCGUAUCGAUAUGGGGACGGCAGCUUGUAUCGUGGACGUGGAGGCGCGCAUGCAUGCGGCAACCUCAGCUGUCAAACACUGAAGCAGCAGCGGCAGCUAAAGCAACAGCAGUGGCAGCAGCUGCGUUAUGCUACAGACCCCCAGCGUCCACUGCACUGGCACCGCAACUCUUGCUGCUGCUACUACCGCACGACCUGGCAGUGCGGCUCCUUGCCAAAACGAGCACUGCUCAGUGCCAACAGCUACAGCAGCAGCAGCAGCAGCAGCAGCCGCAGCAGCCGCAGCAGGCUUCGUGGCAGGUGGAUAUGCAACACGGGGAAAGGUUUUUAGGGCGUGGGGGUCUAAGGAACCAUUCGGGGCACCAUGAAGCGCCCCAGGGCAGCUGCGCUGCUCCUGUGGAGCGUCUGAACAGUGGAAACAUCUGCGAACUCCCGUUUGAAAAUCCAGAUUUGCUACCGUUCGAAUUUGCAGAGGUGGGGACCGAGCCAGAGCAGCAGCAGACAGCAGUAGAUGGACAGGAUACUCAGGAGGGCAUGAAAUUCAAGAUACAACAAGAGGAACAACAGCAGCACGAACAGCCGUCCUGGCAGCAUGCAAAAGGUCAGGCCACACAGCAGCAACAAACAACAGAAGAAUCAAGCACGGAUGGGCAGGAGGUGCGAGACGAUAGUGGUAGCGACAGCUUGCAGAGUCAGCAGGUUGCAAAACCGGUAUUAGAUCCGCAGCGCCAAGGCAAUCUGGAGGGAGAUCAACAGCAGCCAGGAGGAGUGAUGGGGCAGCAGUCUCAACAGCAUGCGGAUAGCAGUAUAGCUGUACCGGCGGCGCCUGGCAGUGCUUCUUCCGGGAAAUUGCAUGCAGUGUCUCAGGGCAGUCCAGCGAAGUCUGCAGUUGGGGGAGUCCCAGGAGCUCCUCAGCUGUAUGGGCGGGGCUUCGUGCAUGGUGAACAACUGCCCGCAUCGUUUUUGCGACUGCACUUCAAUUUUGCAUCAAUAGAUGCUGGCGCCAGGGUCAUUGCCUCGAGCCCUGGGAUGCAGCACAUUAAAGCGGUGCAGCGACCAGACGCCGAUACGUACAUGCUGGUGCCCUGCUAUGUUCCUUCAAAGUAUUUCGUCCUGUCUUUUUCGGAGACGCUGAAGAUAGACUUCGUAGUGAUACAGUCCUUCGAGAUCUAUGCUAACGCCUUCUGGCAUAUUCAGCUACUCGGGGCUGACACAUACCCAACACGGCAGUGGCGCCUUAUAGCCAACCUGCAGACUGCAGCGGAUGUCUCUUCGGAGCUUUUCGACCUCAAAUCUGAAUGCGCUGCCCUAAGUAGCUGCUGGGCGAAGUUCCUUAAGGUUCGACUGCUGACCCACCAUGACGAGGGUCCUCAUUAUUAUUGCUCCCUUACCUCCUUUCAGCGCCCGCUGUACGAAUCCAACCCGGAUGCGGUCCAAAAGCAGCGUUCGAGUGCAAACCGCAUGUUGCUGCUGCAGGUUUUCGGCGCCACAGGCGUGCAGUUUCUCGAGACACAAAUCCACGACGAAUUCGGCGAAGCCACUCGUGGGACUGAAGGGGAAGCCCCUGAAGGGAUCCCUUCUUCCACCAGUCCUGUUGCUGUUAGUGCAUCUGCUGUCAAUGCAGCUGCUCUGGGGAAAAACGAUUCUCGAGCGACUAGGGUAGAGGCUUCACUCCGAACAGUCAGUCCCAGCCAACCCGGUGCUGUAGAAGGAAUAUCCCAGCAGUUGGAAACUGUACACAGCACAUCCUUCGCUUCUAACGGGCCUCAAGACGUGCAGCAUCUGGCGGGAGAAAGCAGGGCAGUUGCUGAUAUGCCAGAACAACUUGACGAGGUGCAGGGCAGCCACUCCAGUGCUGCCUCUCUGGAGCGUUUGGAUGAUCGCAAUCCAGCCUCCACCGAUGCCACAGCUUUUUCGAAUGCAGAAGGUUUGCACAGCAGGAACGAAAAUACUGGAGCAGAUGAUGCACAUGGGGAGGCAACGUUGUCACACAGAGAACGCCAAAGAAGAGGCAUGUCGCCUGGAAAGAAUGGAAGCCCUCCGUUGGAUGCAUCCACUGAGGCUGCUGCCCGUUCAGCCAUUUCAGCAGACUCUGAGGUAGAACGUUCCGGAGACAAGGUGCCACAGCCGCAACAGCAACGUCACAGCCUGUUACGAGUUGAGGAGGGUGAGAAACAAAGCGCCGCUGCGCUGCAUGCCUUGUCUGGUGCACUUGAGAAGGCUCUGCAACAGCAGCAGCACCUUCUUAAGCAGAAACGCCAAAGGCACCAGCAGCAAGCGUUCGACAUUCAACAUGAUGUUCUACUGGACGACCCGAUGUGGGCUGACGUGGGCUACCCUUCUGUUUCAAUUCCUGGUCUGAAAGAAGCGCUUAGCUUCAGAAGCAGCUUCAUUGAUUCUGCCGUAUGUACGGCCAGCAGCAGCAACAACGCUAGGAGCGUUUGGCCAGGCUACAACCCGUUCAUUGGGCCAACAACUGGCCGCUAUAUCUGCAUUUCCCUGGUAGAAGGAACGUCGGCGACUGGGGCUGCUGCUGCCACGGGAAACAAACCCAUCGCAGCACAUCAGGUUCACCUCGUAGCUGCAGGCGCGAAUCCAAGCAAGACCAGCAAACAGUUGCAAGUAGCCGACGCUGCAACAGAGGCGCUGCGACAGGCAGCAGCCUACGCAAGAACGUUCCUUUUGGAAGCGUUGCAGCACCAGCAGCCGCAGUUGCAGCAGAGUCCCAUUGGAGCAGCGUUCGUACGCUUUCUCAUGACAACGGCACCGGGCGAGCAAGACCAGCAGGCGGAGACACUCCGGGUUUUGUCGCUGCUGCUUCAACCACCUGCAGUGGACGUGAGAGAAAUAUUCCUGCCGUUGCUCAUGAUGUUAUCUUUUGCCUGGUCCGUUGCAGUAAAUGGUGGAGGUACCAGUGGGGAUGCCACAAAAGGCGGAAUGGCGGCGGCACCAUCCUUGGGAGCGCGAGAUACGAAAGGAGAGCACGUGCUGGUAAUGCUGUUAGAGAGAAUGAAGUCCUUGGAGGUUGAAACUGCAGCGUUUAAGGCAGCGGCUGCAGAGCGUCAGCAACAGCUACAGAUACAGCAGCAACACCUGCUGCACCUCGCGCUGCUUGUCCAGCUGCAGCAGCAGUUGGGUUCCUUCCUGUUCGAACGUUUAGCUGCAUUUGAUGGCCUUAUUCCGCAUUUGAACCCCUUGGUGCAGCUACUUGAUGAGUCGGAGGCCGCAGCUACAUUGGCGGCAGCAGCAGCUCAAGAGGAAGUGCUGCACGGCACUGUCCCUGCCGCAGCUAAACCGCACCGUGACCCUCAUUGCAUUAUGAUUGAUGCUAAUGACAGCGGCCGCAACAGCUCUGGGCAGCAGAAAGAACAGCAGCGGCAACAGCAGCCCUGUCGCCACGCUGCUAAACAACACAGCUGGGGUUGGCCGUGGGAUAUAGUAAAAGUGCAGGUUGUGAAGUCACUAGAGUGGAUAUGGCGAGUGCUAGCGUUGCCUUUGGUGCAUUGGUUAGGCGGCAUUGUAUUGGGUGCUAGAGUAUCAGCGGGGAUGCUGCAGCAGCUAUUCUGCAGUGACGCUGAGUCUGCAGUGGUCCAGCAGAGCUGCGCAGCAGCAUAUGGCCUCUAUAUUUGGGUAACUUCGGCUGCAGGAAUCGUUGCAAAUGGUGCGGCAAUGGGAGCUAACAUCACGUCCCGAGGCAUUUCUAUCGUUGCAGCAUUUGUGUCAACGGCGUGGAUGCGGCUGUUUGCCGCUGUGAACCAGGCGCCUCCACCACUUUCUCAUGACUGGUCCACAGGCAGCAGCGGCAGCGGCCACUGGACUGAAAGAUUUCUGAUGCUUCAAGAACGGGGAAUGCCUCAAUCUGUGGAUUCCUCUGCUUCGACUCUACUCCUGCUGCUUCUUGCUUCCUUUUUAGCCGUUAGUGCUGCACUCUUUUGGCGACUUCGUCGUGGGCAGCGAGUUGCUGCUGCAGCUGCCGGAGAGUGCGCAUUGUUGCGCCGCUCCUUUGAGCUCCUCCAACAGCAGCAUCAGUCACUUUUACAUCAGCUGCAACAGUACAAGAGGGAGCAGCAGCUGCUACUGCUUCUAACGGCAAGUCAUCACAGUAACAACGCCAGCCGAGGACCGUUGCAUCAAACGAAGUAUGAGACAUACGAAACAGAUAUCCAGCAGCGGCAACGAGAGGUUCGGCUAGGUAAUGCUGUACAAGCGGAGUUGUCUGCGGGCAUAGUACGGACUGCACCUACGCACGAAAAUGCGCCGUCCACAGGAACCGCAGAGCCUUUUGUAUCUCUGUUGGGGAGCGAAGCCCAGCGAGAAGCAGCAGUUGAAUCCGUUACGGCGCCUUCUCUUCUGCGGCGACUAUCUACUUCAUUGGCCCCUAGAGUAUUCCUCGGGCUAACACGCAACGCAGGCGAAAGAUCCUGCAUGGUGACUGCGGAUUAUGGGGGCAGCAAUAUCAACAGAAGCAACCCUAGUACCGGCAAUACUUCUGCCGUCCACUCUUCCGCCCGCAAUAGUGACGCAAUGCUCCUACAGCGCCCAGAGAUCAUGCUACAGCAGCCAGAUUGUUCUUGCGGGCCUCAUGAGCAGCAAACUCAACAGGAACAGCCGGUGCAGUGUGCUGCAGCGGCGCUCCUGCCAGCACUUGAUACGAAAGCUAUCCGAAGUCUCAAGCUUCAGCGCCACACAUUGAGGCAGCGGCGCCAGGGGGCUGCCACAACGCCGAUGGCUUCUCCUGCUACUGCGGCUGUCGCGGACGGUGACAGCCUUUUACUAUCUCCUGCAGCUGUCGGGUCAGUAGUUGGGCCGAAUCCAAAUACAUACAUAUCAUCUGGCGCGGAAGCUGCAGCCGUUACAACCUCGUCUGCAGCCCCUUCGCGAUGUAGCAGCAGCAGAAGCAGUAGCGUGUGCAGCACGAGCCGUAAUCUACACGGGGUGGCAAAUUCCUAUUUGAAGUCACUUUGCGCAUCGCACCUCCAGCGCAGUGGUACAGUUGCGCAUAUUUCUGCUUCGUUGCAACCGAGAAAGCGUCCGACGGACAGUCAGCGCGCUGGGAAGCCUCGGGAUAGCCCUGACCCAGGGGUAAGCCCGCCAAGCAACCCUAGCAGCAGCAGCAGUGCCUACGGGGAUACCUAUUCAGGCGGAACUGCCACAGCAGCUUCACAGGGACACAACCGCAGCUGCAACGUGGCGUUGACCAUCCCCUUCGCUGGGAGGAAACUGACUGUUGGCGACCUAGCUGGCCAGUUUGGGACGGGAGCAGAGGGUGCCGUCGAACAGUCGGCUGCGUUCAGUUGGGGGGACGGCGACAGUAGGUUUGUUCGCGAUCGACGCAAAAGCAGUACAGGCGGUGUUUUUGCGCACAUGAUUUCUGCGAGUAACCCAACCCACGAGACGGAGCCAACACAGCAGAAAGGAGCACCGCGGAGCGUAAGAGGUCAGGGCAUUGACAGGAUAACUACAGAGGCAUCUUUACAGCGGAUUCCUGGUACAGUUGCUGUGGUCUCUGCAAAUGUAUCAGCCGCUCACAGCGCGCCGUUUGCACCCGACGUUGCCAGAUGCAAUGAGCUCAUGGGCGGCGUAGUAUCCAACGAAGCCAACGAAAACAUUGUUGUGCCUCCCUCAUUUGUACUCGGUCAUUCUGGAAAGCUUCAGCAGGCACAUCAUCAGCAGCAUAUGCAGUCUGCUUUGGCCCCCGGCGGGGGCCGUGAUGGUCGCCGCCGGCGGAAAAAGCGUGGUGCAUCGUGA